GUGGACGAUAAAUAUUGCUUAUCCGAAUCGAUCUGAAUUCUGACGAGCAGAGAAUCAAAGCGCUGCUCACGCUGCUCGCGAAUCACAAAUAUUCGCCUGACAUCCGCUGACGGAGAAAUAACAAUAAAUAAAUGAAUAUACGUAAGACAAAAGUGAGCAACAAGUGUUUCAAUUUGGACAAUUUUUCGUGAAUUUGAACCUGGAAAGUUGUAAAGUUAUUCGGUUUCGAUAAAGUGUAUGUGAGCAACUGAGAAUAUGGAUCGAAUUCUGGAGAGUGAAUCCGUCAAGGAGCUGAACGAACUUCUCCUGGGCAAUCCGAAUGUGAAACUCCGGGACCGAAUCCUCCUGUCGCCUUACACGAAAUUCCUCCUGCCUUCGCUGGUUAUAGCGUUUGUCCUCCCCGUCACCGUAUACGCAAUAAUGGUGAGCGGAUAUGUGGUGGAUUCUUCGUUCAGCCUAGCGACGUGCAAUAUAAGAACGGAGUAUUACGUUGAUUGUCUACCGGGAAAAUCGAGCCCGACGGAAUCGGAUUGCAUGGAAGUAUUGUGCUGCUGGAACGACACUCUGGGCUUCUGCUACCAUUACGUACCCGCACAACACGGCUACACUCCCUCCGGUGGUGUUUACUAUCAGGGAGUGACCUUGGUCCCCAGGGAAACCAACAGCCCACUGGGAAGCGCGAACGCUGAAGAAGUCUUCGUGGACAUAAGUGCAGUCGACAGCAAUCACGUCGAGAUAACCUUAUCAACAAGCUCGCAGAGUUCGAGCAACAGUAGAAGACGUAGGGGCGUCGAACCUCUCCUUCAUCGGUGGUCAGGAAGCGGGGACGAGGUCAAUGGCGAGGAGGACGAACUCUCGAGAAACCUGCUGAGCUUUUUACCCAGAGAUGGGAGGCGAAGAACCGUCGAGGUCCAAUUAGACGAAUCGUCAAAUCUUACUGCCUAUGUUCAUUACCCCGAGUUCUCCGUCACCGUUGCUAGGGGUGAUUUCACCCUUAACGAAACCAGCUCUAUUUUCUCCACUGCCUUGGGCCCCCUUAUUCUGACAGAAACUUACUGGGAGUGGACUCUUUACCUGAGCAAUGGCGCUCUUUAUGGCCUUGAUGACCUAGAACUGAAUGGGACCACUAAUUCGAUCUAUAAUAACGAAAAUGGAUCAAUUACUCCCGCCUUUCUAGCCAUCAACCCCACGGGGGAAGCCGCUGCCUAUUACGUUGAUUAUAAAGGACCCAUGGAAAUCCAGGUCUUGAACAAAACAAACCUGGUGAUCCUGCGCGGUCUGGCCCUCCCGGAGAGUUUGGGAGUCCACGUCUUCGCUGGGCCGACGCCGCUGGAGGCGGUGCAGCAGCUGACUUCAAGCAUGUCCUCGAAUUCGUCAUGGAGUAUGCCACCGUUGUACAACUACGGUCUCCACGUCUGUCCAACCGAGACGUUGAGCUCGGUUGUGGACGCUGUUUCGAACUUGAACGAGACCAUCGAGGUCCUGGCGUCGGCUGGAGCCCCUUGGGACUCUCACUGCAUUCACGAGCAGCUGGUAUCAACCAUGAACAGUCUCCUAGCCUCGAGCGACUUCGACGCCAUCAGCGAGGCAACAAGUCUUCUGGAAGCCGAAGGACGCAACUUCAAUCCACACUUGAGUCCGAUGGUCCUGGCUGACGAAGGGACGCUCCACUCAGCGCUGGAGGACGCAGCUCUGCUCUUGACGAACGGGACCACUAGUUACCUGGGUCAGUACCAGGACGCGAGUGUGGUGUACCCGGACUGGACGAGCGACGAAGUGGCGACCAUAACGGCCGCCUACUUGGUGGACUACUUGAACAACACCGGAUCACCGGGAACACUCUGGCUGCGGGACACCUGGCCAAAGGACGAGACGAACACGAGCUCAAGAACGGAAGCGGAAUUCACGUCCUUCGAUUACAUGCCGGAAGCGAUUGAAUAUUCCAUGAAUAAUUUCACCGUCCCAUUCGACCUUGAAACUGUUGACGGUUUUUCACACUACGCCACUCACAACGGCUACUCCGAAGGCUUUCGUACCUUCGUCAAGUCAUCGGUACCCACCAUAGAGUUUCUCGGACCCCCGGGCGAGGCUGCAAACACCUCUUGGUCUGGCCUCAGGAGGGCCGUUAGAUCCGCCAUUGGAGCCGGGUUAGGAGGGCAUUUGCCACCUCCCGUGUAUGUCUGUGGUACCGAACCCUUUAAUGCUACCCUUCACGAUCAGUUGUGCAUCAGGUGGUACCAGGCGGCCAUUGCUUGGCCCCACGUCCUUGUCGUUCCCGACAGAUUGCCAGGGGGCUCCUACCUCUCUGCCAGCGCUUCUCUGAACGUGGUCAAGGCACUUAGGAUUAGGGCGUCGUUGGCGACUUAUCAGCACACUGUGGUGGCCAGUCACUUCCAGCGCAGUUCUCCCGUCCUUGUACCGACAUCGUUUUACUUUCCGGAGGACACGAGUACCACGCACAAGUGGGACCAGUUCAUGUGGGGCGAGGCGUUACUUGUCGGUCUGGUCACCCUUCCAGGUGUCUCACAAGUCUCAAUGAGGCUACCAGGCGAUGUUUCUUGGAGGCAUUUGCUUGGCGGCGCCGAAGCCGCGUCGGUCACCAAUGGUACCGUACCCAUUACCGCCACCAUGGGAGACCUGAUCAUCCUCGUUCGACCUGGAUAUAUAGUCGCCAUCCACGAGGACGUGAGCAACACGACGUUGGUUACCAUGGCGAGCAACGUCACACUUGCGGUGAAUUUGGAAUGUGCAAACGAGGAUUGUUCAGCCAGCGGUGAGAUUUGGUACGGAGUGGACGACGGCGAGUACUUGAGUCUUGGAGUGAAUAGCACUCAUCUCGUGCUUGGGAACGUCAACGGUGUUCAAAACUACGCCUGUAAUGCAGACGAUAAUUCGACAACGGUACAGUCUACGUUCAUAGAAACUGUGCAGAUACUUGGAAACUCGUCGUACCAAGUUCAGACGGAAUUAUGCGACCUUCAGGACAACGUGUUCUCAAUUAGUCUUGUGUAAUCAGCGCGUCAGCUUCUUAUUAAUGUACGUGUCUAACUUUAUAAAGCGUUUGUGUUAAUGAGCUGCCGCAUCGUCUAAUCCAUGACGUUUAUAAGUGUUGAAAUGUAUAACAACAUGGUUGUUGGAAACUAAUUUCAGGGGAUUUGUCAGGCAAUUCAACAUUCACGUCCGAGAUAAUCUCUCAUACGUGAAAAUUGAACAAACAAUUUUUAAUGCCUUUUUCGAAUUGAAAUAUAAUAUGGUCAAUCUAGCCCUAGGAAACUGUUCAAAAAUAAACUUUUUCUACUUGAA